AAAGGAGCAACGCUACUCGAUCUGGGUUUUUGACCAAGAUAAGUAAGCUGCCCUUUACCCCGCACAUUUAAUAUUCCCAAGCUUUUUCCAUACUAAAUAAUCGACGUUGCAGAAGCAGCCCCUAAUGUCAUGUCACAACACGUUUACAGAGUGGGAAGCAGACUAUUAAGUGCGCCGUCGUCGAUACCAGCGACACGAGCAACAGCAGCAGCACUUUCCUCUCUGUUAUCCGCUCGACAACACUCUGCCUCCCACUGUUCACUCUAUCGACCUCAACGUCAGCUUACACGUCGGAUUUCUUCUCGGAAUCAAAGAAUCGAUAGACGGCAAUGUCCAGCCACGAAUGCUCGGUAUUCAACUGCAACAACACAACAACAGCCAUAUAGAAAGACAUUUGACAAACUUCUUAUCGCAAAUCGCGGCGAGAUCGCCUGUCGGAUUAUCAAGACGGCUCACAAAAUGGGCGUACGUACAGUAGCGGUGUAUUCCGAACUCGACGCGAACGCGCGACACGUUCAGCUGGCUGACGAAGCUGUGUGCCUUGGUGAUGCUCAAUCCUAUUUAUCGAUACCCCGGAUUUUAGACGCUGUACGACGAACGGGUGCCCAAGCCGUUCACCCGGGGUAUGGAUUCCUUAGCGAAAAUCCAGCCUUUGUCAAGGCGUUGGAAGAUGCAAAUAUCACGUUCGUGGGUCCUUCGGCAGACGCGAUUGCGGCCAUGGGUGACAAAAUCCAAAGUAAAUUAAUUGCUCAUGCGAGUGGUGUGCAUUGUAUCCCCGGUUAUGACGGUGAAGUUGAGUCCGUGCAAGUGGCACUUGAUGUUGCGCAUGAAAUUGGAUACCCCGUAAUGAUAAAAGCCAGUGCUGGAGGUGGUGGCAAGGGUAUGCGGAUUGCUUGGGACGACGAUCAGUUGAAAGAAGGCUUCAAGUUAGCAAAACAAGAAUCAAAGUCUGCAUUUGACGACGACCGGAUGUUGAUCGAAAAGUAUAUUGAUCAACCCCACCAUAUUGAAAUCCAGGUGCUUGGUGACAAACAUGGCAACGUGGUAUAUCUGCCGGAGCGCGAGUGCUCGAUCCAGCGAAGGAACCAGAAAGUAAUCGAAGAGUCGCCCAGUGUUCAUGUUGAUGCAGAAACUCGACGGAAAAUGGGCGAGGAAGCUGUUGCUUUGGCACGUCAUGUAAAAUACAAUUCGGCUGGUACCGUGGAAUUCUUGGUUGAUGCCAAUCGCAACUUUUACUUCCUGGAGAUGAAUACACGACUCCAGGUCGAGCAUCCAAUCACGGAAUAUGUCACCGGAUUAGAUCUAGUAGAGCAAAUGCUGUACUCAGCAGCUGGCUAUCCGCUGUCGAUCCAACAGAAAGAUAUCCAGUGUCACGGCUGGGCCAUUGAGUCACGUGUAUAUGCUGAAGAUCCAACAAAAUACCUACCGUCGAUCGGAAGAUUGUUAGUUUACCAAGAGCCUCCACAAAUUUCUGAUCACGUCCGUUGUGAUUCAGGAAUCAAUGAAGGCACUGACAUUGCAGUGGACUAUGAUCCUCUCUUGUGCAAACUCACGACACACGGAAACACACGCGAUGAAGCGAUCGAUAGCAUGGUUCAUGCCCUGGAUGAAUACGUGAUCAAGGGCGUAACGCACAAUAUUCCAUUGCUACGAAGCGUAGUCGACCAUCCACGAUUUCGAGCUGGCAAAGCAAUCACUACAAACUUUUUGGCAGAAGAAUAUCCAGAUGGCUACCGCACAGCAAGCUUAUCUGACAUUGAGUUAGAGCACUUGGCAGCAGUCAAUGCAGGCAUGUGGGCGAAAAAAGAGGCUUCUAUGGGUGACAUGGCUGAUAGAUGGCAGGUGUGGGUCCAAGUGACAGAUGAACAAAGCGGCCAUAUGCGAGAAACCAAACUGGAUAUAGCAAGAAAUGGUGUUGAUGACUUUAAGGUAUCUUCACCAAAUCUCAAAAAUUUUGCGUUUUCGACUCGUUGGCCUUUAAAGGGGCUACUUGCAAAAGCAUCCAUGAAAGAGACUGGGCAAGAACUAGUGGUCCAGUACCUGGACGAGUUGGAUUUCGGUUGCAGAAUACAAUACCGGGGUGACAAGUUUAAGGUGGUAGUAAUGAGUGAUCGACAACACGAAUUAGCAAAAUACAUGAAACAGAAGCAGAUAGAACAAGUUAGCGAUCGUGUUAUCAGUCCGAUGCCCGGACGCAUUAUCAGCGUUGCAGUGCAAAAGGGCGAUAAAGUCAUCCAGGGCGCGGAGGUUGCUGUAGUCGAAGCCAUGAAAAUGCAAAAUGUGUUGCGGACAACACGGGACGGAACUGUCAAGAACGUCCAUGUACAACAAGGGAAUCCUGUGAAAGCAGGCCAGGUUUUAAUAGAGUUUUUUGAAGAUGAUGAAUGAUGACAAAGGAGGUGUGUAAAAAAAAAUAGUGGGAGUAGUAGCGGAACGAUUUCUUCCUCUUCUAUGGCUUCUUUAUAUACAUGUGUACAAUAACAAAAAUUGUAAAUAAUGAAUAAAAAAAUUAUUUGGCUUUGGUAAAACGGUAAGUGAAGCGCUUGCGAGUGAACGAGAAUUCGCCCAACUUGUGUCCAAUCAUUUCUUCGGUAAUGUGUACAGGCAUGUAGUCUUUUCCGUUAUGGACAAGGAACUUUAAGCCAACGAAUGAAGGAAGAAUGGUGCAACUCCGGGCUAACGUAGAAUUGAAGGGUUAAUCAAACCGCUUAUACGAACCAAAAAUCAAAAAUAUCUUUUCAUUGAUUUACCUUGAGUGGCAAUGGGAGUACCAUUUUGAAUUGCCUGUCGAAGACCAGGGAAUGCGACAAAGAACGGACCUUUCCAAGCCGAGCGAGGCAUAUUGACAACGAGUGAGUU